AUGAUAAUGGCGGAAUGGAUAUAUGAUGAAUGUUAUAAUGUACUUUUCAAUUAUGUCAAGAAAAAUAAAAUUGAUAAAGUUAUAAAGGUAUUACAAAUUAGUAAUACUUGGAUUUUCAACGAUCCAGUAUUGUUUGUUGUUACAAAAAUUCUUGUAGCUCUAGAAGAAAAUCAAAAUGUAAGAAAUUGUGCUGGAAAACUUUUAGAUAGUCUUAAUCUUCAUAAAAAGUUAUCAACAUGUUCAAUUCAAUCAGGAGUCAACAAAGUAUUGAACGAUUCGGGCACUAAGGAAGAGUAUCCAAAUUUGUCAAACUUAGUUUCAGAUAUAGUUAUAUAUCAGUCUAAACAUUAA